CUUUCCAUGCUCCGCCAUUCAACAAGCAGCACCCCAUGCACUGUGAACACCACGACACGCCAUCAAAACUCAAACUGUAUAUCCGGGGGACCCUGCGCCCCCUCCUCAACCUCGCAACUCCAAUCCAAGCUGAUGUGUGGUGGCGCAUGCUGUACCGGAUGCUGCCGGUGAACUACACUUUGUUCUUCCUGCAGUCCCAGCAGCCUCACAUCAUGGAAUGCGUAUAUCCUGGAUGCAGUGCCGUGGAGACCAUGCGUCAUGCUUUGGUCGAAUGUGCUUGUGUGUGCAGUGUCUGGACUUGGCACUCUGCCUCAUGGCGACAAUUUGGCUUAGAGUUUAGCUGGUCCAAACUAUCUGAUCUAGACCAAGUGGCCGUACAUCCGCGGUGGCAACACAUGGAAGAACCCCUCCGCAAACUCUGGGUCAUGCUUGCAGCAGUGGUCUUGCACACCAUGUGGACUCACCGCAACAAAACUCGAUUCGAGGACAAACCGCCACCGUUUGUACCCGCAGUGAGGCACUCGUCCCUGGUCUCCUGGAGUGCCAGCGUCCGACGACUGCUUCGCGACCCCAGCGUGGACGACACUGACCGCCUUCACAUCGCGACAGCGCUCUCAUUGCUUGGCCAACACACCCACUACUCGUGGUUUUGGGCACAAAACCCUUGGGCCUUCUCCCCACCAUCGUGGGCUUCACCUCCACCAUAGUGCAUGUUGCAAUGUGAUCUCCCCAGUACAGACGGCGACACGCACGUGACCACAACCAGUGCGACGGAGACCACGACGGCUACGUCAAAAGCGACGACGAAUGCACAUGUUACCAUGACAGAUACACAUGUGAUCGGGCGGGUGCACCGGUGACGACAUUGCUGCGCUUCGACCACGACAAGGAUACCGGCGGCGACAAUGCUGUACUGGGACCACGAAAACAUGGGUCCCGGUGACG